AUGAAACAUUACUGGAGAAGUAACAGAGACUCGAGGAAGAACGGAGGCAAAGCCGCGAAAUCUCUAGGCGAGAAAAAGUGGAAGAGACUGCAGAAAAAGAAAUUUCUUUCCUCCAAUUACAAGAUGUCACGUCGCUUGAACCUCUCCAAAAAUGGGGUUUUGCGCUUUCCUCGCCUAAAUCUACACAUGUCUUUAAAAAUUAGGGCAGAGAAGGAGCAAUCAUCGUCCCUGAUUACGUCACUUCCCGAAGAUGUUAUCAUUGACAUCUUAGCGCGUGUUCCGAGAUGCGAAUAUCCAAAACUGUCCCUCGUUUCAAAGCACUUUCGAUCACUCACUGCAUCCCCUGAGCUAUACGCGAGACGAUCCUCGUUAGGCUGCACCGAACACUGUCUCUACGCUGCCCUCUUUAACACAGAAACCAUGGAAUACCGUUUGUAUAUUCUUCACCGGAAAGCGAACGGCAAACGUUGCUUGGUCCUUAUCUCUUCGCUUCCCCAUAUUCCUUGGGGUGCAAGCUUUGUCACGGUGGGAUCAAGGAUAUACGUGUUUGGUGGGUUUGAGACAUCAAGUUCGGUAAGCAUCGACUGCAGAUCUCCCACGGCACAACCCCUCCCCAGCAUGCCUGUGCCAAUGUCUUGUAUAAUCAGUGGCAUCAUCGACGGGAGAAUCUACCUAAUAGGACAUUUGGAUACUUCCUCGAAGAAGAUGGUGAUGGUGUUUAAUACAGGAACACAAAUGUGGGAGCCUGAGAUUAUAAACCCAGAGAUUGAGCUAGGUAACACGUGGUUUGGUUCUGUGGUGAUAGCUGACAAGAUGUACAUGAGGGAUUAUUAUUACAGCUUUGUUUACGAGCCAAAGAAGAGUAAAUGGGAAAGGGACGAGAUGUUGAAUUCUAAGAAGUGGAUGUAUGCGUGUGUAGUUGAUGACGUAUUGUACUACUACGAUGGGGUCGAGAAGGAGAUAAGAGCUUAUGAUCCAAAGCAAAGGUGUUGGAGAGUGGUGAAAGGUUUGGAAGAGUCUUUGCCUGAGACGACAGAUUCAUGGUCUUCAGAAAUUGUGUGUUACGGUGGGAAACUGGCUUUGUUUCUCGAUAAUGAUAUAGAUGAUGAAGAAAAAACAUUUGAGAUUUGGUAUGCGGAGAUUUCGCUGGAAAGACGUCAAGGAGGAGGAAUUUGGGGUAAAGUUGAGUGGUGUGAUCAUGUUUUUAUUUCUCGGAAUUUUGGUUUUUCGAAACCUCUAGCUGUAAUGGUUUGA